CUCCCUACUCUCUCAAUUCCACUUUCUCUCUUUAAUCAAGUCCACACUUUCUCUCUCUAAUUAAUUCUCUUAAUUACAAACACACUGUUUAUUAUCACAACAAUGGAGGAUAUUGAUGCUUUCUGGACAUUUCAAGAGAGUGUUGACGAGUUAAUACAGAAGCUUGAGUACAAGAGCUAUGAGUUAGAAAUGACAAAGAAUGAAGCAAAUGAAGAGAUAAGGAAGAGCAAUGAGCAUAUUAAGAAACUUGUUCAUCUUUUACAAACAGCUUGCAAAGAAAGAGAUGAUGCCAAAUCUCAAUUGUCAAAACUCCAACAAAUUAUGGCUUUUAACAAACAAAACAACAACAAUAAUCUUGUUGAUCAUUUGAUUCCAUUCUCCCCUGACAGUCCUCUUAUGACUAGCAAUUUCGCGGCGAAAACAAACUCUGCCGUCACUGAUUCAAGCAGUUUUUCCUUGGAAACACACACCAAUAACAAUAAGAAUAAGAAUAACAACAUUGUUUCGUCUCCUGUUGCGUCUUCUCCUGAGUCUAGCAACAUUAUUUUUAGUACUAGUACUAGUACAACAACAACCACCUCUCCGGUUGUUAUGAAUUCAACAACAAAAGUAGUUGAUCGAGAAUCAAUGAUCAUUGCAAGCUUGGCAAAAGGGAAAACACUUCCACAAAAGGGGAAACUCUUACAGUCCGUACUCGGGGCCGGUCCACUCCUUUCGACUUUGAUGGUGGCCGGUUCACUUCCUGAAUGGAGGAAUCCGCCCGCUGUAUUAACCCAUCAAAUUCCUCCUGUCAACCUUAAAUCCCAACCAUCUAAUGUACUACCGCAAAUAAUAGUGCCUAAUGUCGAUUCUAAUCAUUUUAAUAAAGGGAUUGGUAAUUCUGCAAUGUACAAUGGGGCAUUUGGAAUAUGUCCGACUCCAAUCUUGGAUUUUGGGAAUGGAUCAUCACCCGGCUCAUGUUUCACGGGUGGGAGAAUGAUGCUUAGUCCAGGUGUUAAUUUUAAUUGUCAGAUUCCUAAGAGGCAGAGAAUUAUUUGAAAACUCUUUUUUGACUCUUUUUUUCUUUCUUUUUAAUGUAUCUAUAUUUUGGCAGAUUUUGCUUUUUGUAAAUAUAUGAGUAUCAUCAAUUAUUUAGUGUUUUGGGUUA